AUGUUGCUGUACGGCACCGACUUGGUCGCGGAGGACGCUGUGAGCAACAGAGACUCUGGCACUGAGUCACUCAGGCAAGACUGGCACACCACGUCUUCCUGUGAUGAUACUUCCGUCUUUGUAGAUUCCAGCGCCAUUCCUCAAAGGGACGGCCCUCUUCAAGAAGGCCCGUUUUAUUCAGUGAAUUCCAUCCCCGUGUUCACAUGCGAACGUUAUUCCCUCACCCAUCGCAGUCAGCCUUUAGACGCCGUCGAGCAAAGACAAGCUCCUCUAGUGCUGUCCAGCAAUCAAGUUCGCCACACCAAAAGUUCCCCUACCAACGACGAAAAAACGUUCAAGCGAGCGCGGCGGAGAAGGUUGACCGAGGCUGCCAAUGUAACAGAGAAGAUAUUGUUGGAGUUGACUGCUAAAAGAUCAGAAAUAUCUUGUCGCGGUGGAGGUAGAGGUAUCAGUCUUUCCGAGAGAAGGAAUUUGCUCAUGAAACAAUACUGGAAUAAUAAAGAUCGCAAGCUGGGAGGCAGGAAACUGCACCCCACGCAUUCCGCCGAAGCUUACGUGGCACCUUCGUUUGGAGCCAACAACUCUCUUUACAAUGUUGCAUCGUCAAACGGCGGAGUUCAUGGACGCAGACACUCCUGGGGCUGCGACUCUGUAGCUCCUGUCAAGCAUUUCAGGACUCAGAGUACCCAGACUACGUCAUCAGAGUCAGAAAGUGAUCAUAUGAAUCUCGGCUGGAAUUCCGAACUUUAUUCAUCAAAACUUAGAUCACCAGCUUGCAUUAUCGAGGCCGUUCCUUUUCAGCCGUCUCUGCCGUGCUCUGGCACCAGCUCGUCCCGGAGUGUUAACCUCGUUUUCCGACACGAACCGAAAACUCGAUUCCCCAAUCGUGGAUGCAAUCAGUGUUCAGAACGAAGCUUCAAAGCGUCGAAAACUCAAUCAUCAUCCACGGAUGCUUCCGAUGCACUGGGGGAAGAAGUUGAAGAAACCGACUAUCCACUAACUGAUUCCAAAACCUCCUCAAAAGACAGUAAUUCUUCUCCGUCUCCUCUGAAACGACAACAAAAGAAAUUGGAAUCUCAAGACCCCAACAUAAAGAAUACUAGUCAAAAACCUUAUUCUGGGUCCCCCAAAUCAUCGUUAAAAUCUUUAAGUAUCUUUAGUCAAGGGUAUUUUUCAUUCAACAAGCAAAAUUUGGGAUUUUCUCCAGCAAAACGUAGAGCCUGCUCAUCACCGCUCAAGCCCAGUAGUUUUCGAGAACAGCAUACUUCUUCGUCGCCAUUGAGGUUGGUAGGAAAAUGUAGUAAAAGUCUGGACGAAUUAUCGGUUGACCUAAAGGAGGGGAGUAAACACCUCAAGCGUAAGAUAAAUUUUAAAAGUAUCAUGAAGGAUCAUUUGUCUCAGUCUUGUAAUAAACUGAAUGGUGAUUCUGAGGAUGAAGAAGAGCUGGUCGAAUUAGAGAUACCCGGCGACCGCAAUGAAUGAAUUUCUUCCUUUUGCGGAUGAAUUCCAGUGUGGAUGGUCCGCCAUCUAGCAAUUUAAUUCAUGUAUGUGUGUUUGUAUUUACCCAACUUUUUGUGCCCCUACGAAAAUUUCAGUCGUAGUUACUAGCUUUCAUUGAGUGUUUUCACAAGGUAAUAAACAAGUUUUACAUAUUUUAAAUUUUAACUAACUUAAACUAGGUACUCUCAUCGUAACUCAUUGUGAGGCCUGAUUUUCAACAUAAAUCUCUUGGACUCAAUCACGCUUAUAAUUUAUAUCGUUCAAAGUACUUAAUUAUCUAAAAGAUGUUUAAUGCGAUCAUUCCUAAUGCUGCUCAUGGGAGCGCA